GGAAUUUAUAGGGAAAAAGGGCUCUCAAUUCUACGUGAGAAUCAGAAGCUUUAAUCAGCUAGGGUUUUCUGCAGCCUCCCUUGGCGCCUUACUGCUGUAAGUGAAGGGAGGAGAAGAUCGGACCUUGGAUUUGUUUCAGAGGUUCUACAAUGGCGACUAUCGUUCAAACAUCUGAGGAAGAUGCGGCGCUCACUGUCGUUCGCUUUGCCUCUGAGCUCGCUUGGGCCGACGCCGGUUCCGAGGCUGCUGAGGCACAAGUUAAUAGACUCUGCGUUGAAGCCCAAGAAUGUAUUGUUAUGGGAAGAUGGUUGGAUUUGGCAUCUCUAAUGCUUACUUCUGCUGACUUGAUAUUUUCAAAGGUUUCUGAAAAAGAUCUUGAGUGUGUAUUCACUGUUAUCUGUAAUCUUGUCACAAAGUCUGGGAGUCAAAAAGAAUUGCUUGAAAUGGCAGAGCUUAUAUCUUCAAAGAUUGGCCAACAACCAAAUGACAAACCUGCACUGCGCUUAAAGAUCUUGUUCAAUCUGUACAACUUACUUGAGGAUCCAUAUUGUCGGUUCCAUGUUUACAUGAAGGCCCUAGAUUUAGCUCUUAAGGGGAAGGUCCCUGAACAUAUACUUCCAUCAUUAAAAAAGAUGGAGAGUUUCUUGAGAGAGUGGAAUAUUGGAAUUGUAGAGCAGAGACAACUUUUCCUCGCCAUCGCUAAUGUUUUGAAAGAAAGUAAGAGUGCCGCAAAUGAUUAUUUCAAGUUCCUUACCAAAUACUUGGUGACUUUCUCCGGUGAAGAUGCCCAUACCUUGAGUGAAGCAAAGGAGGAAGCUGCUCAUGCAAUUGUUGAAUUCGUAAGGGCACCAAACAUGUUUAAGUGUGACUUGUUAGACAUGCCUGCUGUAGGGCAACUGGAGAAUGAUGCCAAAUAUUCUUUGGUUUAUCAGCUUCUGAAGAUUUUUCUGGCUCAGAGAUUGGAUGCUUACUUGGAAUUUCAAGCUGCAAAUUCUUCUUUAUUGAAAAGCUAUGGUCUCGUCCAUGAAGACUGUAUAGCAAAAAUGAGGUUAUUGUCAUUGGUGGAUCUUGGCUCAAAUGAAUCUGCCCGCAUUCCAUAUUCUCUCAUCAAGGACACACUUAGGAUCAAUGAUGAUGAGGUGGAACUGUGGGUCGUGAAGGCCAUUGCUUCCAAGUUGAUUGACUGCAAAAUGGACCAGAUGAAUGAAGUCGUGAUUGUGAGCCGAUGUACUGAGCGUGUAUUUGGGCAGUAUCAAUGGGAAACACUUAGGACGAAGCUAGCUACAUGGAGGGGUAAUAUUGCGAAUGUGAUUGGCACCAUACGAGCAAACAAAAUAGUUGAUGAUGGAUCACAGGCUGUGCAAGGUUUGGCAAUUCGCUGAAGAGUGGAUUUUUUGUUGAUCUGUAAGUUAAAUCGCCUACCGUUCCUGAUUAAUACUAGGAUGUCUCAUGUUCUGCUCAUUCCUCUGAAUUUGUUCAAAUUUUGACAUGGAGAACUACAUUUGAAUAGGAGCCGUUGGUUUACAUUAGUGGACUGUAUCAAUCAUCUACACUCCAGGACUUUCAAUCGGCUCUCUGAUCUUAAUUUAUUUGAGUAGUGGUAUUUUUUGUUUUCAUCCCA